AUGACAACUCCAUCUCCGCCCCCCACCAUGAAGCAGCCCAUGAAGCACCCCACCAUGGAGGACGACCAUAUGGUUGUGGAGCAUGAUCAUGACAGUGAAAGUGGCUUUGACGACGACGACGACGACGAGAAUGUUGGCUUGACAAAGGAAAAACGAGAAAAGAUUGCUCAGAAGGAAUCCAAGGCGGUCUUUUGCCUGCGACUGCUGGUAGUACUGGUGCUGGUGGCGUCCGCUGCCGUUGUGGUAGUGUUUACCUAUCGUGCUGGAGAGUGUGGGCAAGACAUGGGAUCAGACAUUGGGAGCACAGAUGUCUUUACCAAGCAACUAGUGGCGUAUGCCCGUGCUUCCAACAGCACCUGGCCUUUCGUCACACUUCCAAACUUUGGGCUUCAUGCGGGAAAACUCCUCAAACUGAGCAAAGCCUUUGUAGCUGUUGUCACAGUCUUGGUAGAACCAGAACAAAAGGCGGAAUGGGAAGACUAUGCAGCCAAAAACUUGGAAUGGGUAGAGCUAAACAAACUGUACCAACAGCAAAAUGAAGAUUGGACCAGAGACACAAACUUUACCAGCAGAACUAGCAAGGAAAUUUAUGGGGGUUUGGGCCGAAAGCCAAUGAAGGAACCAAAGGAAUAUCUCAACAAUUACCAACCCAUGUGGCAACGGUAUCCCACCGUGGAACAAGUUGGAAAUAAUCCCACCCUGGUCAACUGGGAUGCCUGGACCAUGCCUGGGAGGGCACCCAUCGCCAACUUGGAUGCCGUCACCAACUAUGUCGCAGCACUAUUGCCCGCAGCAAACCUCGUCAUGAACGAGUCAGAUACCUUUGAACUUUUCAGAAAACAAACUAUCGACACCGAAACAAAGCAAUACGUCGAUUUCCAACCAGGAGAAGAGAUUGCACCUACCGCAGCCAUGUUUUACCCAAUUGUCGACUCGCUCGAUUCCAUCCGUCUCGACCGUACUCAAGAACACAAGGUCGUGGGCAAUCUCAUGUUCUUUUUUGAAUGGAAAAACAUGCUUCUUGGACUACUCCCUUCCGAUUCCACGGGAAUCAUCGUUGUCGUUACCAAUCCCUGCAAUGUUCCAUGGACCAUGCGGCUCGAUGGCGAGGACGCCAUCUUUCUCGGGUCGGGCGAUUUACACGACACUGCCUACGAUCACAUGGCCGUGAAUGCGUCUCUCUAUGACACGAUGGAAACCACCAAACAAUCCAAAGAUGGAAGCAGUUACACUGGAGUACCACUAUCCACCACCUUUUGUCCACAGACAGUUCACAUUUAUCCAUCCAAAGCCACGCAAGACAAGUAUGUCACGAGUGAUCCACUCGUGUUCACACUGGCAGCACUCUUCAUUUUCAUCUUUACAUCCACCGUCAUGAUCCUCUAUGAUUGUACCGUGGCACGAAGACAGCGAAUUGUCAUGGAACAAGCAUUGGCAUCUGGUGCGAUUGUCAGCUCCUUGUUCCCUGAAAAGGUCAAGAAACAACUCUACGAGGAACAAAAGCAAGAACAGAAAAAGGAGCAAUCCAUCAUGCAGUUCAUGUCUCAGGAUACUACAAGUCCUCUCGAUGUCAGGGCUUCCACAAAACACUCCAAACCCUUGGCGGAUCUAUUCCAUAACACGACAAUCUUCAUGGCAGAUCUAGCAGGGUUCACUGCCUGGAGUUCCAAGAGAACACCUGUAGAAGUGUUUGAACUCCUCGAGGCCUUGUACGGGAGCUUUGAUAAGGUCGCGGCACGUAGAAUGGUCUUCAAAAUCGAAACGAUUGGCGAUUGCUACGUUGCAGUGACUGGAAUUCCCGAGCCUCAGGCAAAGCAUGCUGUCAUCAUGGUCAGAUUCGCUCAAGAUUGCAUCGCGGAGAUGGAGCUGGUGACACAUGAGUUGGCGGAGUCUCUGGGCGAGGAUACGACGGAAUUGAAAAUGAGAGUGGGAAUGCAUUCUGGUUCGACAACAGCCGGAGUUCUACGCGGGGAGAAGGGUCGCUUUCAAUUGUUCGGCGAUACCAUCAACACUGCCAGUCGAAUGGAAAGCAACGGAGUCAAGGGGAAGAUUCACGUUUCGGCCGAAACUGCCCAUGCCAUUACGGCUCAAGGGAAGGGGCACUGGCUUACUGCAAGAGACGACACGAUCAUGGCAAAAGGCAAAGGAGAAAUGCAGACGUAUUUCGUUGAUGUAACACCAUCCAUGGCACUCAGUACAGGAGGGACAUCCAUUGUAUCACGAUCAUCAAUUAGUGGGGAAUCGAGAAAGACGAUGGAAGAAUCUUUGCUGGCGAGGGCACUUCAGCCACAAACCGAUGGUGGCUCUGCGCAACGUAGCUCUGGGAAUGAGCAACGUACUCGGGAUACUUCUGAGAAGAAGGAUGAAACUCAGCUUCGGGUGUGA